GUUCCCGAAGAAGAAAAGUUUCCGGUGAGAUCAGAGACUGGUGGAUCUUACGGUGUUCAUCGACCGGUUUCUUAUCCGGAAGUUCACUUUCCGUCAACGGCGCCGCCGGAAAAGGCUGCCGGACUCCGACGUCCACCUACAGCUCCUUCAAAGACUUUUCCACUAGAUGACAAAUCGGGUGAUGAGAACGAGACGAUGGAGGAGAUGUGGAAAAGAGUCAAAGCCGAAAAAUUGCAACCAAAGAAAUCUAACACGCGGCGGCAAGGCCACGUCCUCUCAAGAAACGACUCAAAAAUGUCCACAUCGUCGUGUCCAUCUCCGUCGGGAUUGAGGAGGCCUUCUCCGUUGCCGGCGGCGGCUCCGGGAAUGAAGUUGAUGGAGAGAAUUCCGUCGUGGGUGAAACUCAAAAAAGAGAUAUCGAUGGGAAGAGACGAGCUCAAUUCACGAGUUGAAGCUUUCAUUAGAAAAUUCAACGAUGAAAUGAAAUUGCAAAGGCUCGAAUCUUUAAAACGUUACAAUCUUUUCCGUCGUCGGAGCGAUGAUGAAAAGUAA